AUGAAUAAAAAAGAGAGGUUGAGUAGUGUGUCGGCAGGUGAUAAAAAUGGAGAGGUGGUGAAGAUUGAUCACGAGGAGGCGAUGAAAAGGAGGGACCAAUUUCUUCAUAUUUUUUUGAUCAAAUCCAAAAUAGUCUAUUUCUCAACGUCAGCGAGCCUCUCAGUUAUGACUGAUUUGUUGGGAAUUUUUAGAUUAUCUGUAGAGUUUUGUAUAUUCAAGAAAAAGGGAUAUUUAUCGAUAGUCACUUAUCAGACAAGUUUCCAUUUUGAGUAA